AUGACUCUUUGCAGUCACCAAGUUCCUAUUAUAUUUCACCAGCCAACCUACACCGUUCCAGCACGCUCAGAAGCAGUCAUUGAAUGCACUAUAUCAAACUACUCGCUCGAGACUUAUCGGAAUAAUGAAGCCUUAGUUCUAGAUCACACAUUAAGCAAGGGUGUUUACGUCGCUAAUUGUAUAGUAUCGGUAAAACCAAAUAAAAUGGUUAACAUCACUGUUUUAAAUACGACUGAUACAGACAUAGAAAUUAAAGAUUAUUCCGUAGAAUUAACACCUAUAGAUUACGAUAAUUCUAUUUCCUGCGAAAAUUCAAUACCUAGUAAAUCUAUGUAUUCCGUCUCGACUCCCAAAUCUGAUCGAAUGAAUCGAGUAUUAAGUCUUUUACGCUGCUCUCAUCUCAACGAUGAAGAAAAGAAAGCACUUCUCAAUUGCUGUUCCGAUUAUACGGAUAUCUUUCACCUCGAAGGUGAGCCCCUCUCUUUUACGAAUGGCAUCCAACACUCCAUAGAUACGGGUAACGCACCCCCAGUUCACGUAAAAUCGUAUCGCUUCCCCGAGUGUCACAAGGAAGAAGUUGAUACACAAAUUCGCAAAAUGCUAAAUCAGAAUAUAAUCCGUCCCUCUGUUUCGCCUUGGAGCGCCCCGGUAUGGGUAGUUCCGAAAAAAUUAGACGCUUCUGGCAAGAAAAAGUGGAGAAUAGUCAUUGAUUAUCGUCGCCUCAAUGAUAUCACGGUUUCAGAAAGUUAUCCGCUGCCUCUUAUCACUGAUAUCCUAGACCAAUUAGGCCAUUCGAAAUAUUUUACAACUCUCGAUCUUGCUAGCGGUUUCCACCAGAUAAAGAUGGAUGCUAAAGAUGCUCCAAAGACGGGAUUUACUAUUAGUACUAACUCUAGCAUGUCUGGACACUAUGAAUUCACUAGAAUGCCCUUUGGUUUGAAAAAUGGACCCUCAACCUUCCAGCGACUCAUGAAUACUGUUUUAUCAGGACUACAAGGUCUACACUGCUAUGUAUAUCUAGAUGAUUGUAUAAUUUAUAGUCAAAAUUUGAAUCAACAUAUGGAAAAGUUAAAAUUAGUGUUUGAUAAGUUCCGCGAAUACAAUUUAAAAUUACAACCAGACAAGUGCGAAUUCUUAAGACGUGAAGUAACCUAUCUUGGUCACAUUAUCACCGACAAAGGUGUCUCUCCAAAUCCAGACAAGGUAAAAGCAGUAUCGCAAUUCCCAAUUCCUCAGAAUCCUAAAGAAAUUAAAUCCUUCCUAGGCUUAAUAGGCUAUUAUCGCCGAUUUAUUGAUAAUUUUUCCAAAUUAACGAAACCUCUUACUUCUUUAUUAAAAAAGGACGCUUCUUUCCACUGGUCCCUAGAACAACAAACCGCUUUCGAUAUUCUAAAAGAAAAAUUAAUCACUGCUCCGCUGCUCCAAUACCCAGACUUCUCUCAGCCCUUCAUAGUAACCACAGACGCAAGUAAUUACGCCGUGGGUGCAGUUCUAUCCCAAGGUCCUGUCGGCAAGGAUAAGCCAAUAGCUUACGCAUCGCGCACCUUAAAUCGUGCCGAAGGUAAUUAUUCAACUACCGAAAAAGAACUCCUAGCCAUUUUAUUCGCAGUUAAAACAUUUCGCCCUUACCUCUACGGUAAUAAAUUUAAAAUUGUCACCGACCACAGACCACUAGUAUGGUUAUUUAAUGUCAAAGACCCAGGCAGUAGACUCAUUCGUUGGCGCCUAAAACUCGAAGAAUAUGACUACGAAAUCAUUUAUAAACAAGGCCGUUUAAACUCCAAUGCUGAUGCGUUAUCUCGCUGUCCCGUUAAUGUUAUAGACAUUAACACCUUAAAUAACUCUAGUUAUGAAAAAUAUUUUAAGGAUCAAUUCUCCAAUAAAACUCCUAUUUCAAAUACAGUAAUUAUAGAAUGCACUGAAGGAUUACAUUUGUCUAAGUUAAAACAUAUCGCGUGUCCGGUCUCUUUAGAUUUCGAUUCAUCUAUACCUCACUGUGAAGAAAUAUUAUCGCAGUUAGAUAAGCCGGAGGAAUUGCUGAAUUCCGAACGCGAACCUUUUACAAUUCAAUGUGUUAAAGAUAAGAAUAAAUACUUCUAUUUUUUAUAUACCAAAGUUCACCAUUAUGAAGAAACCAAAUUUAAAGACAUCUACAAUUUAAUGAUAAAACUUAGAGAUAAAAUUUUAGUCGAAAAUCCCGAUAUCACAGAUCUCGCCUUGUCAGACUUUUCAGACCCAUUUUCUAAGUUAGGUUAUAUUAAGACUGAGAAUACUUUCCUGCGCAGUGAAAUAGAGGAGCUGCGUAAACUAGCUGGAAUCCGGCUUGAAGUGGCGGGGGUAAGCAAAACUCCUGAUCCUCCAACACAAGGAAAGUGA